AUGGAGAAGUUGGCAUUUGCCUUAAUAACAUCGUCAAGAAAAUUGCGACCUUAUUUCCAGGCUCACAGUAUUGAAGUUUUGACGAACUACCCCUUAAGGCAAGUUCUGGCAAAACCAGAAGCAUCGGGCAGAUUGUUGAAGUGGGCGAUGGAGUUGAUAUGGGGGAUUGACUUAAUCGGCGAGUUACCUAAAGGGAAAGGUGGAGUCAAAUAUGCGGUAGUCACAGUGGAUUACUUCACGAAAUGGGCCGAAGCCAAAGCACUCGCAACCAUCACAGCAACAAAAUUGCACGAGUUUGUAUAUACCUCCAUAAUUUGUCGCUUUGGUAUUCCAUACAAGCUUAUCUCAGACAAUGGAAGACAGUUUGAUUGUAAGGAGAUGCGACAACUAUGCGACGAUUUGGGAAUUAAAAAGGCAUUCUCCGCGGUUGCUUACCCGCAAAGAAAUUGA